AUGAUGAAGUACGAAGGUGUGAAGACCCUCUCCUUUGGUGGUCGUCCGCAGCACGGACCUAUGCAGGCGAUGGGCGGUACACGAGGUGCACAAGUCAUGCCUGGAGCCAGUCUUGUGGAAAUUACGAGCACCUUGCUUGAUAUGGCCACCGAGAAGGAAUUGCUCUCGAAGAGCGAGAUCCAGCAGCUAAAGGCGCUUUCCCCGGCUGAGAAAAGCCCACUUCAGUAUGGCCUAUUGCAGGUUAACCUCCGCGACGCGUAUAGCAAGCUUGAUAAGGAUAGUUCCAUGCCCCUUCAGUUUGUCUAUGAGCCAGCUCACUGCCGUCUGUUCUACACACUGGAGAAUUUCCUGCAGCCGGCAACUACCUGGAGUGCCGCGGUCAAGGCUAUGUGGGGUGGUGGGGAGUGUGUUGCGGAUUCGCGCCUGAAGUGA